AUGCACCACACACUCAUGCUGGCCCUCCUGCUCCUCACUCUCGCGGCCGCCUCGGCCUCGGCCGCGCCCAAAAAGCCCAACAUCGUCCUCAUCCUGACCGACGACCAAGACAGCGGGACGCUACACCGGCGCUUCCUGCCGCACACAUUCUCUGCGCUCAUCGACCACGGGCUGAGCCUCCCGAACUUUUUCACGCCCGUGUCGCUGUGCUGCCCCGCGCGCGUGUCGCUCCUGCGCGCGCAACACGCGCACAACCACAACGUGACGUUCGUGAGCGCGCCGUGGGGCGGGUGGGACGUGUUCAAUGCGCGCGGGUAUGUGGGCCACACACUCCCCGACUUCCUGCAGCGCGCGGGGUACGCGACGUUCUACACGGGCAAGUAUAUGAACGCGCACACGGAGGAGAACUGCGAGAGCAUGCCGGUGUCGGGAUUUACAUCGUCGGAUAUUCUUGUCGAUCCGUAUACGUAUGACUACUGGAAUCCGGGCUUUUCGCGCGACAAUGGGCCCGUGACCGUCCACCGGGGGGAGUACUCGACGGACCUGGUGCGCGACAAGGCGCUGGGAUAUCUCGAAGACGGGCUGGCUGGCAACGAGCCCUUCUUUCUGGGCAUAGCCCCCAUCGGACCACACUCAUGGAUUCCGCACGACUCGCCCCACUCCCCCACCGGCGUAGUGAUGCACGUCCCCGCCGCGCAUCCGCGCCACGCAAAUCUCUUCGGCACGGAACAGCUCCCCCGCUCCGCAAGCUGGAACCCCGCCAAGCCGCACGGCGUGUCCUGGGUGCGCACCCUCCCGCGCCUGACCGCGACGCAAGAGGCGUACCUCGACGAAUUCCACCGGGGGCGGCUGCGCGCGCUCGCCGCCGUCGACGAGAUGGUGGGUGCCGUGGUGCAGCGGCUCGAGCGCGCUGGCGCGCUGGACAACACAUAUAUCUUUUACACUUGUGCGUUUAGAGACGGCGGCGCUGAGACAGCGGAUAACGGGUAUGCGAUGGGCACGCACCGGCGGCAGCCGGGGAAGACGCUGGCGUUCGAAGAGGACAUGCGCGUGCCGUUUGUGGUGCGUGGCCCCGGCGUGCGGAAGGGGACGGGGGACGCGAGCUAUGGGAUCGUGGAUCUCGCCCGGACGAUUAUGGAUAUCGCGGGCGCGCAGGCGGAUUACGUGGACGACGGGGCGCGUAUGGACAUCCACGGGCACCAUGAAGCCCGGGACGCCAAAGACGCCAGCGACGACAACGCCAGCGACGCCCGGCACGCGCGCCACGCGCGCCACGCCCUCGCGGAGUAUUGGGUGCUCGGCGUCGAAGAGGGGAUCUAUGGCGGCCCGUGGCGCACCAACAAUACGUACCGCACCCUGCGGAUCAGCGACACCGUGCAUAGCCGCAAGACGUCGCUCUCCUACGCGGUAUGGUGCACGGGCGAGCGCGAGCUGUACGACCUGGAAGCGGACCCGCUGCAGACGGCCAACCUGCUCGCGGGGCUGAACGCGCGCGGGCCGUUUGCGGACUUUGCGCUCCUCGGCGCUGAAAGCGCCGCCCUCCUCGCGCGCCUCGACGCCCUCCUCCUCGUCCUCAAAACGUGUGUGGGGGACACGUGCCGCCGGCCGUGGUCUGCCCUCCUCCCGCGCGCGCAGACGCUGCAGGACGCACUGGCGGCGCAGUACGACGCGUACUUUGCUGCACUGCCGCGCGUGCGGUAUGCGGGCUGCGCGCUCGGAUACCGCGCCGAGAUGGAGCAGCCGGAGUGGGACGGCGCGUGGGCGUACGUCCCGCCGUUGGUGGUGCAGCCUUGA